UUUCUAACGAUGGACACUUCUAUGCCUACAUCUCAUGUUUCAUUCAAUGAGAUAGUUAUAAUGGUGUCUGUAUCUUUCUGUUAAAAAACCUGUUUCAAUUAUAACAUAUCAUAUAAUCAGAUUUUAUACAAGAUGUAAGUUCCACAGUUCUACGGAUGUGCCUUGUCUGGGCCUGAGACCACAAGCAUCUCACUCCUCCAUCGGCUCUGAAACCACGUGUCGUAGUCUUUUCCUCUCCAGUCUGGGCCUGAGACCACAAGCAUCUCACUCCUCCAUCGGCUCUGAAACCACGUGUUCAGUCUUGAAACUUUUCUAGUGAUCCAAGGCACUGUGCAGUUAGUUGUAUUGAGUUCAGGGCUCAAUUUGGACCAACAGAGAAAAUACAAAUUUGUUACUGUUGUUAUACCUGCACGAUUAUCUAUCAUGGGCCAACGGAGUAGAUUCAACCUCUAUCUGGCAGUUAUAGCAGCCAAUGUUGGUGCCUUCUCCCUCGGGAGCCUGUACAAUUGGUCCUCCCCUGCACUCAUCAAACUUAGUGCUGAAGAUUCCUUCCUGCCAAUCAAUAUAGAACAAUCCUCAUGGAUAGGUUCCCUGAUAGGCAUAGGGUCUAUAUUUGGGCCAUUCAUAGGAGGCUACUUAGUGGACAAUAUCGGACGCAAGGCUUCCAUGAUCGUGUCAGUGCUGAUAGGCCUGGUGGCCUGGGCCAUUGUGUACUUUUCAACCUCAAUCUGGCCGAUCUAUAUUUCUCGAGUCGUCGGUGGCCUGGGCGGUGGUAUCAUCUUCACUACAGUUCCUCUUUACGUUGCUGAAGUUGCUGAGGACGAUGUGCGCAGUGCUCUUGGAUCAACUCUAAACUUCUUCUUCGCUUCUGGAUAUCUUGUAGAGUACAUAUUUGGGCCCCUUGUCUCAUAUUGGGAUCUAGUCUUGGUGUCCUGUGUUGCACCUAUGUUUUUCUUCCUAUUGUGUCCUUUCAUCCCCGAAUCCCCUUACUACUACAUUAUGAAGAAUGAUGUUGAGGGUGCUCAUAAGUCACUAAAAACGCUCAGGAAAGGUUGGCAGAAGAAAGACAUUGAGCGGGAACUACAAGUUAUAAAAGUGUCAGUUGAGGAAGCUAUGAAAGAGAAAGGUACAUUAUUGGAGUUGAUCAGCACAAGUACCAAUCGUAAGGCCUUGAUGCUCUCUUGUGGUGCCAUGACCUUUCAGCAGAUGAGUGGCAUCAAUGUAGUCCUCUUCUACUCAGAGACGAUCUUCAACCAGGCCGGAGAUAUAGGUCUUUCUGCCAGCAAUGCUACUAUUGUGGUAGCAGUUAUUCUAAUAGCCUUUGCUGGUGUUGCCAUGCCUCUCACCAAGGCUUAUGGGAUUAAAAAUAUGUUGAUUGCAUCUGCUUCUGGAAUGGUAGUUUUUCAGACAGUAACUGGUCUCUACUUUUUCCUCCUGUAUGAAGGAACUGAUUUAUCUGCUGUGAAAUGGCUGCCAAUUUUUAAUUUGGUUGGAUAUGUCAUCACAUACUCCAUUGGGUAUGGACCAUUACCAUGUGCUGUGAAAGGAGAAGUGUUUCCGCCGAAUGUGAAAGGUGCGUCAUCGGCAGUAACUGUGGGAUACAGCUGGGGCCUCAGCUUUGUCAUCACAAAACUCUUCCCUUAUAUCAAUGAGAUAUGUGGCAUGUACACAGUCUUCUGGAUAUUCUCGGUCAGUUGUUUCCUGGCUGUCCUGUUCUCCGUGUACAUCAUGAUUGACACCCGUGACAUGAGCCUGCAGGACAUUCAGGAUCUGCUGAACAACCAGAACAAGUCACUAUCCCGGCCCUCCACCACUCCAAGGCCAUUACAAGAAGUCACAACCAUCACGUAACAUCACUCCUCCUUCUUGACUAAAUUGUCAAAAAAACAGUGCUUUGAUGAUCAGGUUGUAAUUUUACAGUCAAGAAUUCAUCAUAAUUUACUAAUGAUACAUUUACACUCCUGACAAGAGGAACGACUUAAGCAGAAAAAACACAGGAGUCUAAUCUUUUCAACGAAUUCUAACAGCUCCCAACUAAAGAUUUCCAAACUCUACAUAACCAGAGCUGAUGUUUGUUUAAUGUUAGGACACUCUUACUUUCUGCUUGUCGUUCCUUUUGGCCUGAGUGUAAACGUAUCAUUAGUAAAUUAUGAUGAAUUCUUAACUCUAAAAUUAUUAAGAGAUCAUCAAAGCACUGUUAAUUCAGCUCAAAGAGUAAGUUUUGUUCACUGAACUACUUAAACAUUCUGUGUACUUCUACAACAAAUGAAUGCAAAGAAUCUAGUAAUGAAUGAAGAAUGAAUAGCUUAUUAAUUAAAUUUAACAAUAAAAGCAAUAAAUAGUAAUUAUAAUACAGUUUUUAAAGAAGUAGAACAGUUGCUUUUAGUUUUUACUGAAAGAUUCUUUGAUUGCAUUUGUUUUGCAAUUUUAAAAAACCAAAUAGGUACCUAUUUUUUAUAAGAUGACAAAACAAAUGCAAUCAAUGAAUGUUUUAGUAAAAAUUCAAAGCAACUGUUCUACUUCUUUAAAAACUGUAUUAUAAUUACUAUUUAUUGCUUUUAUUGUUAAAUUUAAUUAAUAAGCUAUUCAUUCUUCAUUCAUUACUAGAUUCUUUGCAUUCGUUUGUUGUAGAAGUAUACAGAUGGUUUAAGUAGUUCAGUGAACAAAACUUACUCGUUUGUUUACUUUCUUUUUAACUCUCUUCAUUUUUAUUAGGAUUCCCAUCUUCAUUAUUUACUACAAAGCCAAAGCCUACAUGAGUCAUAUUCAUACAUUUAUCAUAUCAUAAACCAGUGGUGUACCUAGGACUGGACUUUGGGAGAAUGAAUCAGAUGGAGGAGUACAUCACUCCAGGGGUUGUAAUAGAUCUGAAUAAUUCUAAAUGUGAAUGAAUUUGGCCUAAUUCAAAGUAAAACACUUAACUACCAUAUUUAAAAUAAGUUGUAUUGUUGUUAUAUGAAUUCUUUUUUAUUUUAAAGUACUUGGGAAAGUUCUAUUCCUCUCAUCCCCCAUAAUUAUGCCACUACCAUAAACAAUUCAUCCUCGCACAGAUCAUGUUAUACAAGUAAUAGUUUUACCGCAUGAAAAAUAUUACAAACCAAUAAGGUGAUAUCAACAAAUAACAACUGUAUUAUCACACUCAAAUUAAGUCUGGAAUUCUAAGAAGCAGGCAAAUCCAAGCGUGUAAUAUUAUUCUCUCAAAAUCUCGAAAAUCUAAAUGAUUUGUAAAAAUAUGCAAAAUAAAUACAGUGAAAGGUAAAUCUCUAAAAAUCAUUGAAAGAUUUAGUUAUUGGAAUUAAAUUUUAUCAUAAACUUAGAUUCACUUAGUUGAAUAAAACUGGUGGAAAAAGAUAUCCAUAGUAUAUUGUCAGCAGGUAGUAUUAUAGGUGAAUAUAACUACGCAAGACUUUAAAAGAUUAAGGACUCUAUCUCCCCAAAGAUAAUCCUAAUUGACGUGUAUAUUAUUUUUGAACAUUCAUUGAUAAUUUAUGGGUACGUAUUAUAUAUUUUUUUAACUACUAAGUUUAUGAAGUGUUUUUAAAGUAUUAGUGACAAUACAAUUGUGGCAAACCGACAGGAAUUUGAGCACUUAAUUUGAUUCAGACAGUGACAGGUUAACUGCCAGACUAUUAUACACCAGACAGAAGCAAAAGUUGAGCUAAUUCUAAUCAGCUGAUUUCAUGUUUACCGACUAUAUUGUCAGAUGAGAGUAAAUCUGAUAAUUGACUGAUAACCCAAUACUUGAUAAUCAGCCAGUAUCAUAUAUAUAUAUGAGAUAGCUCACUGGGUAAAUAAAUACUGGGAGUAUAUAUUGUUUUUAACUACCCACCCAUAAAUUAUGAUUCAAUGUUCGAAAAUACUAUACACGUCAAUUAGGAUUAUCUUUGGAAAGAUAGAGCCCUUAAUCUUUUAAAGUCCUGUGUAGUCAUAUUCACCUAUAAUACUACCUGCUGACAAUAUACUAUGGAUAUCUAAUAAAAUUAUUGUUCAUUCCUAAUGAUGUACACUGUAUUUGUAAUUAUAGGUUCACAAAUAUUUAGAAAGAACUACACCAUACUGAAAAACUCUUUAUAAACAAGAACCUACUUACAAAUGCCUACGUUAUUCUGAAUCUCAUGAUCAGUUUGAAAUAUUGUAUUUAUUUGUUAUGCUUGUGUAACAACAUUUAGUGAAUAAUUUACUUAAUUGGCUCU